AUGCCACGAAUCCCAUACAGAUAUCCCGCCGCCGGCACCGACCCCAUCGCAGAUGCCAUCCGAGAACGCCGCGGCGCUCGCGGCCUCACCCCGCUCGACGGCUCGCUGCUCAACGCGCCCGCCAUCGCUAGCGGCUGGAACACGCUUCUCGGCGCCACAAGGACCAAGAAUUCCAUCCCGGACGAUGUGCGCGAGAUGAUGAUCCUCCGCGUAGCUGCACACAACUCGGCCAACUUUGAGUGGAUCCAGCAUGCUCCCGUCGCCGAACAGGCCGGCUGCACCACCGCCCAACUCGCUGCCGUCCGCGACAUUCGCGCUCCGCUUUCCGCAUCCUCGGUGUUGAGCCCGCUGCAAAAGGCUGCCAUCGCUCUGGCAGACGACAUGACCACAAAGGUCCGCGUCGACGACUCCACCUUUGCUUCGCUCAAGUCCGCCUUUGCGCAAAACGUCGAGCAGCUCGGCGACAAGGCCAACGUCGACGGCUUCCAGGGACAGGAACUCGUCAACCGCAAGGUCGCAGAGGCAACGCUUACCGUCGCCGUGUACAACAUGGUCUCGCGCUUCCUCGUCGCCAUCGACGUCGACGACCGCGCAAACGUACCCGUGCCCAAGCCUCAGGGCAGCGAACACGUCCAAGAUGCAGCCGCUCUCUCCUACCCUACCGCUAGCAACAGCUCUUCGGCGGGACGAGGACUGGUGCAGCUCCCCGACGGUCAGCUCCUCAGCACACGCGUCCACUUCCACAGCAUGAAUGCGCCCUGGGUCGUGCUCAUCAACUCGCUCAUGACCAACCUCUCCAUGUGGGACGCCGUCGUACCCGCUCUCUCGGCCCGCUUCAACAUUCUCUCCUACGACCAGCGCGGUCACGGAAACUCGGCGGUGCCUGCACAGCCCUGUACCAUCCCACAGCUCGCUGACGAUGUCGCCUUCCUCCUCGACAGCCUUGCGGUCAAGAAGGCCUACGCCGUCAUCGGCGUCUCCCAGGGCGGCGCCACCGCACUUUCGUUUGCCCUGCGUCAUCCCGACCGCUAUGAGAGGCUGGUCGCCUGCGACACACAGCCCAGCACUCCCGCCGCCAACGUGGCCGCCUGGGACGAGCGCAUUGCACUCGCAAACUCCAAAGGAAUGAGCGAGCUCGCCUCCGUCACCGUGCCGCGCUGGUAUGGCCCCGGAUCCCAGGCGAGCGCCGAGUGCCGAUCCUGGACCGAGGCCAUGGUCACAUCCACCCCUCUCGACGGAUUUGCCGCCGGUGCUCGAGCGCUGCAGAGCUACGACCUCGUCAACGACGGCAUCAUCGACGCCUUUGCCAGCAGAGCAUCGUCGCAUCGCCACCUCCUGCUCGCCGGCGAGGCGGACGGCAAGCUGCCCGAAACGCUUCAGGCCUUCGCCACCAAGCUCACCCAGGCUGGUGCUGCCGCUGAAUUCGCGAGCGUGCCCAACGCCGGCCACCUUCCCAUGUGUGACAACCCAGAGGCAUGGCUUCAGCCCGUUCUCAAAUUCCUCGCCUAG